AUGAAAUCUUAUUAGAUUGUUUAAUCGAUAUUUGUUUAGAAGAAAAAUGAUGUUAUCAACAAUUAGAUCUCAUUUGAUUUAGUUGAUUAUAGUCAGUUUGUCAAUUGAUUGACGAACUUAUUGAUAUGCCUUUAACUGCUCGUCGACGAUUGAAACGUAAAAAUGGAUCAAUUUCCCCUGAAGAAUAUAAAUUCCUUUAUUCAAAUGGAACAAUUAAUUUCUCACCAAGUGACCUUCCAUGGUAUUGUCAGGGUGUAACGAAGGCCAGUGCGAAUUAUGCGUCAACUUAUUUGUCGUCGAAAGUAUUAGGAGUUAAUGGUAAUAUUAACCCUCAUCGUCCAUCAACCGGAAUUGCAUUUGGCGAUGUUUUCCCUCCGGCAAACACUUUGCCCUUUCAUCAACCUUCACAUAAAAGUCCACGAAUACCAAAUCUAAAUCAACAUUUAUCUCAUCUUCGUUUACCAAGACUCUCACAAACAGGACUGACCUCGCCUUCAGCAGCUCCGGUCAUCAUAUAUCGUGACCCUGGUCUCUGUCGUCCAAACGAUUUGACUAUUCUCUUUUCUGAUUCCUCUGUCCCCGGAUUGAGAGAGAUUUGUCAUUCAGAUUCAUUUCUACGUAAAAUUGUUUGGUUCAUUGUCUUUACUUUGCUCGGGUUUCUCGCUUUGCGUGAUAUUCAUCAACUUUUAUCCGAGUUCUACAACUACCCUGUAACCGUCGAUGUCCGAUUGAGAGAGUCCCGUAAACUACCAUUUCCCGCAGUGACAGUUUGUAACCUGAACAUCGUUCGUUCAGUGCUCUUUGUAACAGCACCUUCCUUGCCAGGAGCAACUACACUUUGCCUCCUGAACUGAAGGAAAAACUUUGUGGUACAGUUGCAACAACUCUCAACAUAACUUCAGUUGAAGAUAUAAAUGAUAUUGGUGAUAAAAAAGGCGAAGAUGAAGCUGUUGGUGUUUCUGCGACUCUCGCUGACAGACUGAGUCCCACUUCUCCAUCACCGACGACAGAGAAAGGAGGUGGAAAUUCCGGAAGUGGUAAUAGUGUAGGAAGUGGUGCAGGGACAAGCGGGGAAUUGGGAGUGCAAGUUCAGCCUCAAUUGGAGGCGGUGGUGGAUCUGCAGGGGGAGAAACUAGUGGAGGUAAUUUGGCAUCACCAUCGAGUCGGAGUAAAAGACAAACUUGGAGAAAUCGUGGUGGCACUGGCGGAGGUGGAACGGGUAAUAGUGGAAGCGGUGGUGGAAGUAACAACAAGGGACCUCCGGCUAUUAAUCUAACAGCCAAUCGACCUCAAAUUCCUCCAGGGCAGCGAACCACAACUCCAGCCUAUGAUCAGAACGUUUCACAAGAUGAAAUUGAGUUGACUGAACGAGAGGAAAAAGAGCUACAAGAAAAUCUAACCACUUGGUUGGCAGUUAUGGCGAAUAAGGAUAAACACUUAACUUAUCAACUCGGUCAUCAAUUCGAACAGUUGAUUCAAAGGUGUACAAUUAAAUCGACUAAUUGCACACACAUAAAGAGCUUCGAUUUCUCGUUUACACCAACUGAAGGUAAUUGUUUCACUUAUCGAUCUAAGACUCUGGAAGGUAAAAGACACAAACAAGUAAAACAAGAGGAAACGAGUCUUGCUGGAGUUGAUCAUGGUUUAGAAUUGGUUCUGAAUUUGGAAGUCGCUGAAUAUCUUCCUGGAACUGCUCAGGUCGGUGCUUUGGUUAUGGUCCAUUCGCCGGAUGAGUUUGGCAUCUCUGCAAGCGAAGCCAUUUUCGUGGGCCCAGAAAGAGCGAGUUACAUCGGGUUGAAGAUGAUUCGAAUAACCAGAUUACCUUCACCUUAUCCUGAACAUUGUAUCGAUCACUGGCCUGAAGGAUUAACUGGAUCUCUUACUCGUAACUCGACUUAUUCCCAACAGAGUUGCCUCAAAAUUUGUCUCCAACGUACAAUCCAAAUGAGAUGUCGAUGCCAAUCAGCUUUUCUUAAUCAAUUUGAACUAAAUGAUACCAAUCUAAGGAUUUGUGACACCAGAAGGAAAAAUACACGUAAAUGUGUCGAGGAAGUGAUGUUAAGACCUGAAAGCAAAAUUGAUAAUUGUAUGUGUCCACCUCGAUGUCAAGUAACUCAAUAUGAGAAAACGGUAUCCCUUGCUAAAUGGCCCACACGAGAGGAUCGAGUAUCAUUUGAUCGAGGAGAUAAAACUCUUGAUUUUAAGAAUCUAGCGAAAGUUGUUGUUUAUUUCCAAACAAUGACAAUGCAGGAAGUGUCACAACAAGGAGCUUGGACAACAGCGAAAUUGUUGAGUAGCCUCGGGGGCUUCAUGGGAAUGUAUGUUGGCUUCUCGUUCUUAUCAUUGUUCGAAGUGUUUGAAGUGAUCGCUCGACGUAUUUGGUAUUCGUGCACAAGGAAGAAGAUGCGAUUCAAGACAAUCGUCCAAACAAUUAUAGCGACACUUCAGUACAAAAAGAAACAAGACUCGAAAAAAUUACAAGAUCAAAUUAACCCUUUCUGAUGAUUUCCUCGAGAUUUAAUCAUCAUUCAUCGAUAGUUAGAAUUAGCAGUCGAAAAGAACUAAACGAAUCUCAAUUAACUUUCUUUUUAUUCUUUUAAUUACUUUAAACAGUAUUUGAGAUGAAUUUACUUUUCGAUUUUCCAAUUGUUCGAAAACAUUAAAGUUUCCAACAGUACCAUGAGUUAAAAGACUAUACGAGUUAUCCACUGAUUUACUUAAAGGGAAAUAUAAUUGG